AUGGAGUUACAAGAUCUGCUGCCAACCCCUCACUUCAAAGAAAAUAUCAGGGUUUACAAUUCCAUCUUGGCGUUUACAUCAAUUGGGGCGAAGAUUGAUCAGUCGGUUAUGAAUGGUUACGGGCCAUUUACCUUCCGGAUUCACGGCCAAAAUCACCAUCGCAUAGGCCCACUCCUCCCAAAAGAGGGACAAGCCCCAAAAUUCAACCAACUCUACAUCUAUGAUACAGCCAACGAAAUUCAGAACCGGAUAAGCACUAUGUCAAGAAAAAAGGAGUCUGAAAAACUGGAUGCAAAGAUAGUUGGUGACCUUAUUUCAAUGCUGGAUGCAAAUAAUCAACUAACAAAGGAGUUUAGAAAAGCUAGGGAUAAAUAUGAAGCUGGCGAAAUAGAAGAGCUGUCAAUACGGCUUAUUGGGCAAAAAGAGAAGGGUAGACAAUAUGAUCUUCCCACAGGCGAUGAAAUUGCAGGGCCCAUUGUAGGCAAUUUUGAAUCUUCCACAGGUCACAGAGAUGUCUUAGUACAAUCAAAAACGGAUGGUUUACAGAGGAUAAACACUCUCCACCAACAUUAUAUGGCCCUCCAGUACCCAUUGCUUUUCCCAUAUGGAGAAAGUGGCUUCCACUUGAAUAUUCCAUACAAACCAACAAAUGGGCCUAAAAUUAAGAGAGAAAAUGUUACUAUUCGAGAGUACUAUUCAUACCAAAUCCAGAGUAGGUUGUCUGAAGGGAAAACCCUUAUCCUAGGCGGGAGGCUACUGCACCAAUUUAUCGUAGACGCAUACACCGCUGUUGAAAAAGAGCGACUGAGGUUCAAUAGAAACAACCAAAAAAAAUUAAGAGCCGAUCUCUACAACAACGUCCGCGAUGCAGUAGGAAGAGGAGAUACAGAUUCUAAAACAUUGGGAAAACGAAUCAUACUACCUGCAUCAUUUACAGGAGGACCACGGUACAUGCUCGAGAAUUACCACGACGCAAUGGCAAUUUGCCGAACUUAUGGUAAUCCACACCUAUUCAUUACCAUAACAGCAAAUCCGGCAUGGCCAGAAAUAGAAGAGCAUCUCCAACAGUGUGGAAAUGGAUCAUGUAAUGAUAGACCAGACGUUGCUUCACGUGUGUUCAAAAUGAAACUUAAUGAAAUGAUGAGCGAUUUCAAGAAAGGGCUUUUCUUUGGAGACUUCCGUGCAGGUGUAUACACAAUCGAGUUUCAGAAAAGAGGCCUUCCACAUGCCCACAUCCUCUUGUGGUUGCAAAACUCAAUCCAAAAUCCCUCACCUGAUGUUAUUGACAAGAUAAUAUCAGCAGAACUACCAGAUAAAGAAAGAGAUGCAGAAGGAUAUGAGUUAGUAAAAAAACACAUGAUGCAUGGUCCAUGUGGACUAGAUAGACCACAGUCUCCAUGCAUGGAAAAUGGGAUUUGCAGCAAAAAAUAUCCACGACCUUAUGCCCAAAACACAUCCUGCGACAAAAAUGGGUACAUAAUUUACAGACGCCAAGAAGACCCACUGAACACCGUUCAAAAAAGUGAUACCACUCUUGACAAUAGGUAUGUCAUUCCGCAUAACUUGGAUUUGAUGAAAAAAUACAGAGCACACAUAAAUGUGGAAUGGUGUUGUACUUCUAAAGCUAUUAAAUACCUUUUUAAGUACAUAACGAAAGGCGUUGACAAAGCAACAAUUAUUAUCGAGAAAAAAGGAGCACCUCAGCAAGUAGGAAACACAACUGAAAAAGAAGUCGAGGUAGAUGAGAUAAAGAACUACCAGGAAUGCCGAUAUCUAUCAGCACAUGAGGCUUCAUGGCGGAUCUUUGGUUUUGAAAUCCACGAACAAAGACCAGCUGUUCAAAAGCUAAUAAUACAUUUAGAAGGGCAACAGAAUGUAGUCUUUGAUGAAAGUGAUUCUCCAGAAAAUAUUGAAGCAAGGAUGGCAGGAAGAGGCACAAUGUUCACAGAAUGGAUGGAAGCCAAUAAACACUAUAAGGAAGCACAAGAUAUUACAUACGUCCAGUUUCCGAUCAUGUUUGUCUGGAACACAUCAAACAAGAUAUGGACACUAAGGGAAAGAGGAACAACAAUAGGGAGAAUUGUGAACAUCCACCCAUCAGCAGGAGAUCUGUACUAUUUAAGGCUGAUUCUAAACCAUGUCAAAGGGAAAACAAGCUUCGCGGACAUUCGUACAGUUGGCGACAAAACAUACUCAACAUUUAUGGAAGCAUGUAAUGCGAUGGGUCUGUUAGAUGGAGAUAAAGAAUGGCACGAAGCUAUAGAUGAGGCAUCGGGUUGGGCAAGUGCGUGGCAAUUGAGAGAAUUGUUUGUAACAAUACUGGUCUACUGUCAAGUGAGUUCGCCAGGAAAGUUGUGGCAAAAUUUCUGGCAGGUUUUAUCCGAGGAUAUUACAUAUAAACAGCGCAAAAAAAUGAAUUUCUACCAAUGGAACUUAACAGAAAAGGAGAUUCAGCAAUACACACUGGUGGAGCUUCAGAGACUCUUAAUUCAAAGUAACAAAUCACUUGAUGAUUUUCCGGAUAUGCCAAAACCCGAGAAAAACAUAAUGAGCGAGUUAUCAAACUCCUUGCUUGACGAAGAGAGGAAGUACAACAUCAAAGAAGAACUUGUUACGCACAGCACCCUCUUAGAUUCACUAAACUCAGACCAACAAGCAAUUUACACCGCAGUUAUGGAUUCCAUCGAUAACUCUAGAGGGAAACUAUUCUUUCUAUAUGGGCCAGGAGGAACAGGGAAGACACAUGUUUACAGAACUAUAAUCGCCAAGCUACGAUCAACAGAACAAAUUGUCCUCCCCGUAGCAUCUUCAGGAAUUGCUGCGACACUAUUACCAGGUGGUAGAACAGCGCACUCUCGGUUUAAGAUCCCAAUAGAUUUACACGAGGAGUCAAUGUGUGACAUAAAACCAAGAACAAUGCUGGCAGAGCUUAUUGAGCGUACAAAGCUUAUCAUUUGGGAUGAAGCUCCUAUGGCACACCGACACACAUUUGAGGCAGUAGAUCGAACACUAAGAGACAUCAUGGGCAUGAAAAACCCAGAAGCUGCUGAUAAAGAGUUUGGGGGAAUCACAGUAUUGUUAGGUGGUGAUUUCAGACAAAUUUUACCAGUAAUCCCUCAAGGCAAUAGACAGGAUACUGUAUCAGCAUCUAUUAAUCGGUCAUAUCUAUGGGAAAAACGUAAUGUGUAUGUCCUUAGCAAGAACAUGCGUCUAAACGCUGAGGAGAAAUUGUUUUCAAAGUGGAUUUUGGAAGUGGGAGAUGGAGCAGCCAAAAAAAUAACAACAUCUGAUUCCAAAAAUUCAGAUACAAAUGACAUAGAAGUGGCAAAAGAUCUACUAUUACCUUCAACCCAAAAUCCAGAAGAAGAGAUUUUCAAAACCACAUACACAAAUUUCAAUGCUUCUUUCAACAAUCACGAAUAUCUAAGAGGCAGAGCAAUUCUAACCCCAAGAAAUGAAACCGUUGAUGAGAUCAACGAAUUUAUUCUGUCAAAGCUAGAAGGCAACAUGAAAAAAUAUCUGAGCUCCGACAGCAUAGCAAGUGAGGAUACAAAUGUAGAAGAUAAGAACACAUUCUACACACCAGAGUAUCUAAAUAGUCUUAAAUGCUCAGGAUUACCUAAUCAUCGGCUGCAACUGAAGCUCAAUGCACCAAUUAUUCUGAUGCGGAAUAUUAACCAAAAAGAAGGCUUAUGCAAUGGAACAAGGUUGUUGAUAACACGGUUAGGGGAGAGAGUGAUAGAAGCAGAGAUACUCACAGGGACAAAUAUUGGGAAAAGAAUCCUUAUACCAAGAAUUGUCAUGACUACAGCCGACACCAAAUGUCCUUACAAAAUGAGAAGACGACAAUUCCCAGUCCGAGUUUGUUAUUGUAUGACAAUUAACAAGAGUCAGGGACAAAGCCUGGACAAAGUUGGUCUGUAUCUACCUAAACCAGUUUUUAGUCACGGACAAUUAUAUGUCGCUCUCUCAAGAGUUACAUCCAUGGAAGGACUCAAAAUCUACAAUGCAAAAAAAGAACAACCAGGAAGCAAAGGAAUCACAAACAUUGUUUACAAGGAGAUAUUCAAUAAUAUUCAUGCAUAA